UUGGUAACUUUGCUGAACUCACUGGCAGGCAAGGCAUGCUUAGUUCUGUCCUUUUUUCAGUCUCUCUUUCCUAUCAGUACCUGGCUCUGUUUGAAAUCUGGCACAAGAAGAGUGUGAACACAACCAAAUCCCCAUAAUUUUCUUGCUCUUGAUUCUUUCAACUCCUCCCCUUUAGUUGCUUACUUCACUUGUGCUUGAUUUAUCUUGAACCUUUUGAGUUUCUUUUGUUCUGAGAAGAGAACAAGUUUCUUUAACCCAAAUGGAGAAGAGAGGAGAUAUGGGUUUCUUUUGUUUAUCUCUGUUCUCCUUGUGGAGUUCUGUAUCUGGUUUGCUUUCUCCUAAAGGGGUAAACUUUGAAGUGCAAGCUCUGAUGGGGAUUAAAGCUGCUUUGGUGGAUCCUCAUGCUGCACUUUAUAACUGGGAUAGAGAUGCUGUGGAUCCCUGUAGCUGGGCAAUGGUCACUUGUUCUCCUGAUCAUUUUGUCAUUGCUCUUGGAAUUCCAAGCCAAAACAUAUCAGGGACUUUAUCUCCAAGCAUUGGAAACUUGACAAAUCUACGGACUGUGCUCUUGCAAGAUAACAAUAUAUCAGGAACGAUUCCUUCUGAGUUUGGGAGACUCCAAAAGCUCGAAACUCUUGAUCUUUCUGAUAAUUCCUUUUCUGGUCAACUUCCUGAUAGUUUUUCUCAAAUGAACAGUCUUCAUUACCUACGGCUGAAUAAUAACAGUCUCAGUGGAGAAAUUCCAUCCUCUUUGGCUAAUAUGACCCAGCUUGCUUUUCUGGAUAUUUCCUAUAAUAACUUGAGCGGACCUGUACCUACAAUAAAUGCAACAACAUUCAGUAUUGUAGGCAAUCCCCAGAUUUGUGCCACUGGAACUGAGCAAAACUGCUUUAGAACCUCUGUACUUUCUUCUUCCAUGAAUAUUUCUCAAGAUUCACAAUCCUCUGGUAGACCUAAACAUCACAAAGUUGCUUUGGCAUUUGCUUCAAGCAUAAGCUGCAUCUGCCUACUAAUUGUUGGGUUUGGUUUCGUCCUUUGGUGGAGAAAAAGAUACAACAAACAGAUUUUCUUUGACGUCAGUGAACAAUACCGUGAAGAAAUUUGCCUUGGAAACCUCAAGAAGUUCAAUUUCAGAGAGCUUCAGGCUGCUACAAAUAACUUCAGCGGCAAGAACUUGAUUGGCAAAGGAGGAUUUGGGAAUGUGUACAAGGGGUACCUCUCUGAUGGUUCAAUUAUAGCAGUGAAGAGGCUAAAAGAUGGUAAUGCCAUUGGAGGGGAGAUCCAAUUCCAGACAGAAGUCGAGAUGAUUAGCUUAGCCGUGCACCGGAACCUCCUUCGCCUCUAUGGAUUUUGCAUGACAGCAACUGAAAGACUCUUGGUUUAUCCCUACAUGUCCAAUGGUAGUGUUGCUUCCCGUCUCAAAGCCAAGCCUGUUCUUGACUGGGGAACAAGAAAGAGGAUAGCCUUAGGAGCUGCAAGGGGCUUGCUAUAUCUGCAUGAGCAGUGUGACCCCAAGAUCAUUCACAGGGACGUGAAGGCUGCAAAUAUCUUGCUAGAUGAUGAUUGUGAAGCUGUGGUGGGCGAUUUUGGGUUAGCGAAGCUUUUGGAUCACCAUGAGUCUCAUGUGACAACAGCUGUUAGAGGCACUGUUGGGCACAUAGCCCCAGAAUAUCUCUCAACUGGCCAGUCCUCUGAGAAAACAGAUGUGUUUGGCUUUGGAAUCCUCCUUCUUGAACUAAUCUCAGGCCAGAGAGCUCUUGAAUUUGGAAAAGCAGUAAACCAGAAAGGAGCUAUUCUCGACUGGGUGAAGAAGGUUCAUCAGGAUAAGAAGCUUGACUUGUUAAUUGACAAGGACCUGAAAAAUAACUAUGAUAAAAUUGAACUUGAAGAAAUAGUUCAAGUAGCUCUUCUGUGUACUCAGUAUCUUCCAAGUCAUAGACCAAAGAUGUCUGAAGUGGUUAGGAUGCUUGAAGGAGAUGGGCUUGCAGAGAAAUGGGAAGCCUCACAGAGAGCAGAAUCAACAAGAAGCAGAGGGAAUGAACUCUCUUCUUCAGAGAGAUACUCUGAUCUUACUGAUGACUCUUCAUUGCUCGCACAGGCAAUGGAGCUUUCUGGACCAAGAUGAUGAGUCUGUUGUACAUUAGCAUCAUUUUAGCAUCUUCUAAAGAGUUAAGUCAAUUUCUGACUGUACAGACGCUCACAUAUAGAUGAGUCAUGAUUGUGUUAUGUUAUUCUAAAUUCCCCUAGAGCCAAGGUUUUUCUGGGCGUAUGAGUAUAUAUAAUAAAUAAGAAUCUAAUUAAGUAGAAAAAAAAUGGGCAUCCUUGUGGGUCCUUUAAUUUGUAGUGAUAAUGAUCUUGGGAUUGGUUUCUCCUUGUAUUCUCUCUACUAAACCAAAUGUCCAUAGCAUUUUGAAAUUUGUUUUUCUCGGUUAA